GUCUUCCCGCCACCCCUUCUUUUUGUUAUCGCUAUUAUCCUAAUUAUUCAUUUCUUUAUUCUACAAAGAAAAAGAUAAAAACAAAAAGCACCAACUAAUAUAACGACCUCGUCGUGACCGUUUAAAGUGGAGGCUCCAAACGUCGGCUCCUCACCUCGGCCCCUCUCCUCCCUCACUCGCCGAUCCAUCAGCUCUUCCUCACCUCGAUUCCUCCCCGGAUUUCCCGAUCCAAAAGGCCCCCAGGAUCUGCGUUCUCGGUGGCGUGGAAACCCUACAGCGCCGCGCUCUUUGAAUCCGUGGAUUGCCGAAUCUGGGGUUGAAUCGGGCGUGGGGACGCCGUCUAAUCUGUUCUUGUGAUUCUUGAUUUCGAGGGCGCAGAGGUUGCUGCGACGGGAGGAGGCAUGACGAAGGUGGUGUACGAGGGAUGGAUGGUCAGAUACGGCAGGAGAAAGAUCGGCAAGUCGUUCAUCCAUAUGCGGUACUUUGUCCUCGAGACGAGGCUUCUGGCAUAUUAUAAGAAACAACCCACGGAUAAUAUGGUUCCACUCCAGAGCCUUGUUAUAGAUGGGAAUUGCAGAGUCGAGGAUAGGGGCUUAAAAACGCAGCAGGGUCAUAUGGUUUAUGUUUUAUGUGUCUACAACAAAAAAGAGAAGAAUCAACGAAUGAUGAUGGCAGCAUACAACAUCCAGGAUGCUCUUAAUUGGAAAGAGAAGAUCGAAUUUGUUAUAGAUCAGGUUCAGAAGUACUAUAUGCCACAGGAAUUUCAACAUGGCUUAGCGACCGGUAAUGGUAAUUCAACUUUUGUUUCACGUGACCUUGGAAUGGAUAUUGAGAGGAAUGCUUCUUCCUCUAGUCAUGGAAGGAACCCCGAAGAUGAAGAAGAAAACAAUCCCAAUUUACCUUGGCGAACAACGAUUGGGAAUGGCCCUCCUGAUUCAGUACUUGACUGGACACGUGAUCAACUUUCUCCUAGAAAGCAUUGGCGACUAGUCAGGUGCCAGAAUGGGCUACGAAUUUUUGAAGAACUUCCAAGAGCCGAUCACCUUCCAAGAGGCUAUAGUAAGGCAAUGAAAGCAGUUGGCGUGGUUGAUGCCACAUGUGCAGCUAUAUUUGAGCUUAUAAUGAGUAUGGAUGGCACACGUUUUGAGUGGGACUGUAGUUUUCAGCAUGGCAACCUAGUUGAAGAGGUUGAUGGACAUACUGCUGUACUGUACCAGAGAUUGCAGCUGGAAUGGUGCUCAAGGAUUGUGUGGCCUCGUGACCUUUGUUAUGUACGUUAUUGGCGGCAUAAUGAUGAUGGAAGUUAUGUUGUCCUGUUCCAAUCUAGAGAACAUUCAAACUGUGGUCCUCAGCCAGGAUUUGUGAGAGCCCACAUGGAGAGUGGUGGGUUCAAGAUUUCACCCCUUAAACCUCGCAAUAGGGGACCUCGUACUCAAGUCCAGCAUCUUAUGCAAAUAGACCUUAGAGGGUGGUUUGUGGGUUAUUUUCCUUCAUUUCAGAAGCACUGUUUACUUCAUAUGUUAAGUAGUGUCGCAGGGAUACGUGAAUUGUUUUCCCAAACAGAUGAAGUCCACACAGCACCUAGGAUUCCGAUCAUGGUCAGUAUGACCUCAGAUUCUGUUUCUUCUGAGAAGGAACAGAAAACCCAGGAGAUCAGCAUUCAGCCUGGUGUAUCUUUGGACCAAGUGUUCACUGAUAAUACACAUCCACUUAUUUUAGAUGAAGAUUCUGAUGAUGAGGAGGACACUCACAUACUUGAUGCUGAAGAAGAGAUGGAACUAGGUUCUUAUUGCCAUGUUUUCCAAAAAAAUAUUGAAGACAUGGAUGUAGAGACUUCAGAUAGUUUUGACACAUCCUGCUUCUCUGGCAAUUUACGAUGGGAUGAUGAUGAAAAUAAUCGUGAUUGUUGGAGACUACCUGAUGGAAAUAACUUCAAAGUCCGAAGUGAAAAUUUUUUUAAAGACAAAUCCAAGAUUCCUGCAGGAAAGUAUGUCAUGGAGCUCGUAGCAGUUGAUUGGUUGAAAAAUGCAGCACGAAUGGAUAAUGUUGCACGGCGAUCAGGCUGUGCAGCCCAAGUUGCUUCUGAGAAAGGACUAUUCUCUUUCGUCAUAAAUCUGCAAAUUCCUGGAUCAACCCAUUACAGCUUAGUCUUUUACUAUGUAAAGAAACAACUGGAACCAGGUUCGCUACUGCAGCGGUUUGUCGAUGGAGACGAUGAGUUUCGAAACAGUAGGUUCAAGCUCAUCCCAUCCGUCACUAAGGGCUCAUGGAUUGUUCGCCAGAGUGUUGGAAGCACUGCUUGCUUGUUGGGAAAAGCAGUUGAUUGUACCUACGUUCGUGGAGAAAAAUACUUGGAGAUAGACGUGGAUAUUGGUUCUUCUGCAGUGGCCAAUGGAGUGUUGGGGCUUGUGUUUGGUGUGCUUACAUCAUUGGUAGUUGAUAUGGCAUUUCUUAUUCAGGCUGUCUCUCCUGAUGAGCUCCCAGAGCGGCUUAUUGGUGCCGUUCGAAUUGCACAUGCCGAGCUCUCAUCUGCGGUCGUUGCAGAUCUUGGAGACGAUCCUUUAGAAGAAUGACUACUUCACCUUAUGUCGCCGUGUCGAUCAUUCGUUCGCGAAGGCAAAUUUCUCUGUUCCUUCUCCGGCUAUCGGCAGGCUUGGGAUACGCGCUCCAAGCAACGCUUCCUCCGGUUGCAUCAGCAGUUUUGAUCAUAUCGAGAAGGCUCAUCGAGGAAUUCGCCAUCAGAAGCUGCCUCAAGUCCUCAAGGUGUUCGAUUAAUAUUUACUUCAAGUUAUAUAGCCAGGUUUUGCAUGCAUUCUUAUGCUGCUUCUCCCUCGGCUUCUUUACCUGGGCGAGUUGGGUACAUCACUAAGAGCUCUAUUCCUCGUUUUAUUUACAUUUUGCAAUGUGAAGUAGACAUGUCCCACAAUUUUGUUAGCAUCGCCUUCACCGACAUGAA